AUUGGUCCGCUGGAAUGCCUCAACCAAUCACCUGCUGAAUAUGGCGUAUCUUCUGAUGACAAUAAACGUGCUUUUAUGAUAAACUACCGAGAGAUCAGGUACAAAACAACCUUGAAAAUUUUCUGGGAGACUUCUGAACGACCAAAAGUGACAUGAAGGAACAAGUCAAACCCAUCUCCCAAGAUGGCCUGGACUUCGGGAAACCGGAGGCCACCGGAGGGCUCUGGGACUCCCUGAAGAAGGCGGCCUUCAUCAUCGGCUCCGGAAUCUUCCUCCUGGCCGCGUUUGGGAACUCGAUCACGUGGCACCUGCAGCGCUUCUGGGGAGCUUCGGGGGAUUUUUGGCAGACUCAGUGGACCAAACUGCACCUGCUGUUCGGGGGUUAUGAGUGGGCCUUGUUCUUCAUGGGGUCCAUGAUCGUGCCCACGGCAGCCUUCUGGCUCUUCAACGCCCUGCUCAUGGUGGCCGACUCCACGGGGAGGCCCGUCUUCAUCACCCGCUACAGGAUCCAGGUGGACAAGAACAGUCCGGUCGACCCGGCGAAGCUGCGGCACGCGGUGAAGACGGUGCUGUUCAACCAGGUGUUCCUGUCCAUGCCCAUGGUGUGGCUGGGCUUCCUGGUGAUGAAGUGGAGAGGAGACCCCUGCGGUCUGGAGCUCCCCACCUUCCACCGGGGCCUGCUGGACCUGGCCGUCUGCGGCCUGCUGGAGGAAGUGCUGUUCUACUACUCCCACAGGCUCUUUCACCACCCUGCCAUCUACAAGCACGUCCACAAGAUCCACCACGAGUGGACCGCCCCCAUCGGCGUGGUGUCCCUGUACGCCCACCCGCUGGAGCACGUGCUGUCCAACAUGCUCCCGGUCCUGAUUGGUCCGGUUCUGCUGGGCUCCCAUGUGGCCACCGUGUGCCUGUGGUUCACCAUCGCCCUGCUGAUCACCACCGUGUCCCACUGCGGCUACCACCUGCCCCUGCUGCCAUCGCCCGAGUUCCACGACUUCCACCACCUCAAGUUUAAUCAGUGCUACGGCGUGCUGGGGGUGCUGGACCGACUGCACGGGACGGACACGGUCUUCAGACAGACGAAAGCGUACGACCGACACCUGCUGCUCCUCAGCCUCACCCCGCUGACCGAGACCAUCCCGGACACGCCCAAGAAGAAGCAGUGAUCCCCCGCCCCCCGCCCCACAGGAGGAAGGGCGCUCACCAUCCUCUCCCUCCCUCCCUCCCUCGCCAUUCACAGACUCGGCCGGGAAGCCGAAACAGACCCUUUUCUGAGAAUUCUGAUUUUACGCCUUUUAGGACUUCCACUGUUAAAAGAUUUCAGCCGCUCCAUCUGAAAGGAAACUUUCCGAGACGGUAUUUUAAUGCCAGGUUGCCUUACAGAAUGAUAUGAUGAAUAGUCUGAGGAAAUUUUAUGCAAAACUAGAAAUGAGCCUCAAUUAGCAAUAUUUGCAAUUGUGCUUGUAAUUUGUCUUUAAACAUGUCAGUUAAUGGUUUUUAGAUCACUGUAGAUCACACUACGCUGCUCCAUCAGAACGUUUUUGUCUGCAUUGUGGACAUAUUUGAUGAUUUGUCCCAGUCUUCUACUACCAAUACUAACUACCAGUGUGGAAUUAUGGGUAAAUACUCAGGGAAAAGGUAAAGGUUACUCUUACAGUCCUAAGUAAAUAUAUGCGUCUACCCAUCCAUCCAUUUAACAUGCUGAACACUGGUACUUUUUUGUGAUUAUCAUAUGAAUGAUUAAAAGGUUCAUCUGCACAUAGUCCAAACUGUAAAAUUUCAAGGGAACUCUAGAAACCGACCUUUGCCCUGUACACAAUCAUUUCAGCAAACGGAAUACAGACCGCUCUAAGUUUAGGAGAUGACUGAGAAUUGUGCUGUUCCCACUGCUGUCCGUUGGUCCAAGUCAUAAAUUGUAUUUAAUAAAAUAAAAUGUUUCAUUGAAAA